UUCCACUCCCCUGCUGGUCUGUGCUCGUGCUUCGCCUUCCUGGUUGAAUUUUGGACUUCGGUGACGUUUUUGUGAAGAAUUCGGUUCAGAAAUCGAACCAUUUCGCGGCUCUUGUGAAUUUUGCGUAGCUCCUACUACGAAAUGGAGCUCUGCUGAAUUUGGGUUUUUUUGGGUUGUGUUCUGUGUAAGUGCAAUACAAUCCGACGGAAGAUCUGCUGGCAGUAGUUUAGAUCCCAAUUAUCCAAAGCAGGAAAGGACCAGGGUUUUUGGUUUAGUUUAAUUUUCUCCGUGUAUGUUUGGUGUGAGUGCAAUGCAAUCCGACGGAUGAACCCCCUGGCACCAAUACAGGUCCCAAUUAUCCGAAGCGGCAAGGGUUUAGGGUUUAAGGUGUUGAAUUUUUUUGCUUUUGUGAUCGAGUAGUUUUGUGUUCUGUGUGAGUGGACUGCAACACAAUCCGACGGAUGAACCAUUGGCACCAAUUUAGGUCCCAAUUAUAUAAAGCGGUAAGGGACCAGGUUUUAGGGGUUUAUCGUAGAUGAGGGUGUGAGAAUUGGUUUGAUAGAGUAGAAGACAGGUCUUUGAGAGUGUGUUGUAUUUCACCAUUUGCCCACAACUAUGAAGGAGGUGAAGGGAGCUAUUGUUGGAGGGUCGCUGCAGUCGCAGAUAUGCACAGUAGCAGCUUCCGACGUUGAGAGCAGCUCCAGUGCUCGAUUAUGGAUGUCGGAGGAGGCUAUGGUGUCAGCACGAAUUACAACUGGAUGCCUGGUCGCCGUAUCGUUACGAGAGUUGGAUUCGGAUGGGUCCUUGGAUGUGAAGGCUCUCGCUUCUCUAAUAAACCUUAGCAGCUCAUACUUCAGCGUUGAGGUACCAAGCACGUUGAAGUCCAAUUCUGCGGGUAAUGUUUUUGCUGUUGCAGAAGUGUGGCCCUCUCGCAAGUUGGUACGUUUUGGAGUUCGGCUUUCUAAGCAUGUGGCAACAAGCUUAGGCAAUCCUCGUCAAGGAUCAUCUAUCUUCUUGAAUCCUAUCUCAGUGGGUCAGAACACAAGUAAAGGCGACAACACAAGUAUUCAUAGAUUAAGUGCUGAAAUUAGUGAGUGUACUCAUUUGGCACUCCAAUGGUGUCCCCCGCUAGAGAACAGUAUCUUGCCAUCUACGCCAUUGCCCCCACCUAGUCCAGUGUUCAAAACUCCUACAAGCUCUAAUAAGCGGAAGCCCAGGAUUUGCACUGGUGCAUCACCAUCACCUUUCCAAGAUAGAGAUCAAUUCAAAAACUCACCUUCUCCUUCUCCAGUUAGUAAGGGGGAUUCCAGGAGACUUGAAAGUAGUCCUAGUUUUAGCAAUCAAGAAGAUUCAAAAUGUUUCACUUCAAAUAUGGGUAACAUUGCUGCAGUUCGAUCUUUUUUUGAAUGCGACAGAAGCAACGGUAUGUCGCUGAUAGAACUUUUUGCAGAGAGGUGGUUGUGUGGUCGAUAUCUAAUGCGAGGAAGUCUUUUAAGUUUGCCUGUAUGUGGAUGUGACUGCUUUUUCGUGGUUGUUCGAAUCGAGACACCCUCUGAUUCGACUAUCUUGGAAGACUCCGGUGUUGGACCAUUUUCAUUGUCUUCUCUUCCUAUUUACAAGGUGACCCAUAAGACAAAGAUCACACUCAUUGGACCUCCAGGUGCAAAGUCUACACCACAAUCAGAAGGGCAACAAAUACAGCCCUUGGUGGAAGGUGACAAGCCCGCGGGAAAGGUUUCGGAGGAAGUUCAUUACACAAGCCUCGGGGGACUUGAACAGGAGAUUGAAGGAAUCAAGCAGAUUGUUCGGUUCUCAUUGCUUCAGCCAGAACUUCUUGCUGGGUAUGGGUUGCCUCCACACCGAGGAAUACUAUUAUAUGGCCCUCCAGGAACGGGCAAGAGUACAUUAGCAAGAGCAGCGGCUUGUGAAGCGGGAGUACCAUUGUUUGCCAUCAAUGGUCCAGAUGUUGUCAGUCAAUUUUACGGUGAAAGUGAGGAAGCGUUGAGAGCAGUGUUUACUGCUGCGGAAGAGGCUGCUCCCUCUGUGGUUGUCAUAGAUGAAGUGGAUGCUAUUGCACCUGCAAGGAAAGAAGGAAGUGAAGAAUUGGCCCAACGCAUGGUGGGUGCCUUGCUGAAAUUGAUGGAUGAGGGUGGUAACAAACGUGUACUUGUCAUUGCUGCUACCAAUCGACCUGAUACCCUUGACCCUGCCUUGCGGCGUCCUGGCCGAUUCGAUAAAGAAAUUGAAAUAGGUGUACCUACGUCUAAAGGCAGGCACGAGAUACUUAGGUCUCUUCUUUCCAAGAUGAGGCACAGUCUACAAGAUUCAGAAAUUUUAGAACUGGCGGCUGGUACGCAUGGUUUUGUUGGUGCAGACUUAUCUUCUCUAUGUCAUGAAGCAGCUCUUUCUGCCCUUCGUCGCUCUAUACAACUUAAACCCAAAGUUUCCUCCUCGUCGACUUUUGCGUCACCGACCAAAUCUCAGUCUCACAAUGUCAUUAAUUUCGCACAUAAUAACGGGAACGCUGAAGUUUCGUCGGAAAAAAUCGAUGCAUCUGCAACGAGUGUGGGUAGCUUGUGUACUGCUCUUGAAAGUGUACAACUGAACUCAGAGAUGCCUCAGAUAUCUGAGGGCUUUUGUGGAAUCAGAGAGGCUGGAUUAACUGUCGACUUAGAUGACUUCGAAGCCGCUAAGACAAGAGUGCGACCCAGUGCAAUGCGAGAAGUGAUGCUUGAGAUCCCAAAGUCGAGGUGGGCUGAUAUUGGUGGAAUGGAAGAUGUGAAGCAGCAAUUACAAGAAGCUGUUAUAUGGCCACAAAAGCAUGGAGACAGGCUUACCACUAUUGGAGCUCGACCUAUUCGAGGAGUACUUCUAUACGGUCCACCAGGAUGCAGUAAGACUCUUCUAGCAAGGGCAUGCGCCUCAGAAGCAGGACUUAAUUUCAUAGCUGUUAAGGGUCCAGAGCUUUUCAGCAAGUGGGUUGGAGAGUCGGAAAAGGCAGUGCAAUCUCUGUUCGCUCGAGCUAGGACAGCUGCUCCCUCCAUUGUUUUUUUUGAUGAAAUUGAUGCGCUUGCUGUUGCGCGGAGCAGUGGCGACACUGGUGGUCUCUCAGUUGGAGAUCGUGUGAUGAGCCAACUUCUCACCGAAAUGGAUGGUUUGAAACGAAGUACAGGAGUGACUGUGAUAGCAGCUACCAACCGACCUGAUAUUAUUGAUCCAGCCCUUCUUCGGCCAGGUCGUUUUGAUCGGCAGCUAUAUGUAGGGCCGCCCGAUGAAGCUUCCAGGGAGGAGAUAUUCAAGAUUCAACUAAGAAAUACACCAUAUUCACCUCUUGUAAAUCUUGGAACUUUGGCUGCUCGGACACCUUCCUACACUGGUGCUGAUAUUAGUGCUGUUUGUCGAGUAGCUGCUAUGGCAGCCUUGGAGGAGGACUUGAAUGCAGUGCAAGUGGAGGCUCAUCAUUUCGACAUGGCGUUAGCAGAAGUGGUUCCCAGCAAUCCUGGACCUAGCCCUGAGUUUUUUACGAAAUACAAUCGCGGCUUGUUUCACGCAGUCUCGAAAGGUUAAGAGUACCCCAGCGCAGUCGGCGUUAGAAUUCAAAAUAGAGUGCUGGACUGGUUACAGUGAAAGCUUUGUUUGAGCACAUCCCUCAACAGUGCAUCAGCUGACCUGACCCCUACAUUUUCAAUUUCGUAUCAACACACUUUUGGUAAAUCAUAUCAACCCCCUGGCUUUUCUGUCAUGGCACCUAUCUCUCCUGCUGGAGCCCCUCUUAAUCUAGUGAAUUUAAUUUCAUUCUAGCGAUAACCUAAGAGGAAACAUAAACUGUCCAACAUCACAUGUCUGCACUGCGAUUUGUAGUUUUAGCAUCUGUAUUGGAGUUACCUUCUUUUCAUUAAUUAAUGACCAAAUUAGGGCUGUGUAAAAACAAGUUAAGUUGCUACAUUUCCCGUUCAGGAUAUAAGGAAUCAAAAUGUGACGUUAGCUCCAUUAUUACUACGAGGAAAAUUGUGUAUUAUGAUGCACUGAAAGAUAAUAAUUAUUAUCUUUAGGUGUCAAGGUUGAAAUAGAUUUUGAAGCUCUGUGUGGCUUUAGCAGAA